GCAUAUCUUCGUCCAUAAAUACAGCCCCCGAGCGAGCCGAGCCUCCAAGCCAAAUCAAGUAGUACAAACAAAGCUCUCUAUCACGAAUUCGAUCAGGAUCAUCCUCCAUCAGUCGAGGCUCGAGAGUGCGUGCUUCAGUUCAACAGUACGAGAAUGAGCUCCUCGGACGACGCCUGCGGCAAGAAGGCGUCGUGGCCGGAGCUGGUUGGCAAGUCCAUCGAGGAGGCCAAGAAGAUCAUCAUGAAGGACAGGCCGGAUGUGAAGAUCAUCGAGGUCUUCCCGGUCGGCACCGCCGUGACCGAGGACUUCAGGCCCGACCGUGUCCGCAUCUUCGUCGACACCGUCGCGGAGACCCCCCGCAUUGGCUAGCUUUGAUUCAUGCUCCACCGUUUUAUGUGUGUGCGUGUGUUUGUGUGUGUUAUAUUCCUGAAUAAACCAUAGCUAGUGACUAGUGAAUAGUGCCAUGUAUGCAUACUACUCCUAGCUAUGUCGAUCGCCAUGUAAGAAUUAAUAAUUAAUAAAGUUUUUUAUGGGAAAUAAUUAAGGUUGA